AUGUCGGCCCUUACCGAAAUCACCUCGGAGGCCGACUUCUCGACACACCUCCAGUCGCUGUCUCCCUCGGCCUUACUCGUUCUUUAUUUCCACACAACAUGGGCUGCACCCUGCACUCAAAUGCGCGCCGUCCUCUCCGCACUCGCCUCGCAGUACCCCGCUACCGCCCCGCCGAAUAUCUCGUUUGUCAGCAUUGAUGCCGAGGAACUUCCUGAUAUCUCGGAGAUAUAUGAUGUCUCUGCAGUGCCAUUUGUCGUCUGUCUUCGCAGCGGCCAAAUCCUAGAGUCUAUCAGCGGCAGCGAUGCUAUGAAGGUUCGCGACGCUAUCGAACGCCACGCCGGCCGCGGAAAUGGUGUCGCCCCUCCCACAAACACUAACAUUCCCCCUCCUCUUACUGCUGUUCCUCGUGAAAAUGGCCCUGUAACCGCAACACAGGCCCCUGCCGCCCCUGAAGCUCUCGCUGGCCCUGGUGCCAAUGCUACCCCCGUGGCUUCGACCCCGGCUCUUACCCCCGAACAAUCGAAGGAAGCGCUCUGGGCCCGUCUUGCCGAGCUGGUCAAGGCUGCACCAGUUAUGCUUUUUAUGAAGGGUACUCCCAGUGCCCCACAAUGCGGUUUCAGUCGCCAGCUGGUCGGUAUUCUCCGAGAGCGCAGCAUCAAGUACGGCUUCUUCAACAUUCUUGCCGAUGAUGAAGUUCGCCAAGGAUUGAAGGAGUUUGCUGAGUGGCCAACUUUCCCUCAACUGUGGGUAGAUGGAGAGUUGGUUGGUGGUCUAGAUAUCGUAUGUCUCUGUAUUUUCUUUGCCCAGCGUCAACGCCGUCAUGCUAAUACUUUCAAGGUCCGUGAGGAGAUCAGCGCCGACCCCAGCUUCAUGCAACAGUACUCUGUCAACAAGCCUGCAGCCGCAUAG